AUGUUAGGCCAAAAAUUUUGGCUGCUGACAAUACUGCUGGUCAUUUCAUGUACCUUCCGCAAUGUAACGUCGCGCACAGCUACCGGCUCAAUGGCACAACAGCUUACCGCGGCGCAGAGCAAAGACGGCGGCAGCGCGCAAUCAACGAUCAAUUCGGGAGCGAGUAGCUCCACUGCCUUCUGGGGUGAUCUCUCACAAGCCUAUCGUAUAUAUAAGGGUUGUGCGCAUGAUGAUCUCUCAGUGUGUUUAAAAGUGAAACUGUUGACGGGCUUACAACGUGUACUGCGCUCCUCGAAAGUCCUGAAGAUCAUUGAUGGCGUGCAAUUCGUCAGAAGCACUGACGAUUCGACGGAUGGUGGGGCGACAGCGAAAACGCCAACUUUCACAAAUGAAAAGGAGCUUGAGGCGGUUUUGCCACGUGGAACAGCAGCCAAGCAACAGGUGUUACACAGUAUGAUUGCGAGGGAACUAUCUAAUCUUUUGCAGAACUUUACGCUGCAGGUCAAAUUCCCAUACAUGCCCGGCACUUCAACACCGGGCGAGGAUGGUGAAACUGCUACGGAAGCGCGUAAGAAAAAGGAUAAGAAAGGCGGCGGCGGUGCUUACAUAAUGAUUCCUCUACUACUCGGUGGCACAUUCAUACCAAUUGCAUACGGUGCACUGGCCAUGCUCGCUGGCAAAGCGUUAAUCGUAUCCAAACUGGCGCUUGUCUUGGCUUCCAUCAUCGGCAUUAAAAAGCUACUCAGUGGCAAUAGCAAGGAGUCGCACGAAGUGGUCGUGUCGUCCGGCGGCCACUCGGGUUGGGGUCGUGAUAUGGAUCUGGCCUACAGUGGUUGGAAGCCGGGCAAAGAAAAUACGAAGACAAUGUAAAUGUGUAUGGAAAAACGACGUAAGAUCGACGUUCAUUUAGGUGGACACAAGGACAGCUGGACCAAAGAUGUUGACGACGAAAGCUAUAA